AUGUCAAACGCUAAUGACAGUCUAUCAAUUACGUGGGUGCUGCAUCUACUCAAUUGGGUGACGUUCCCGUUGCUAAGUGGGGUGAAGAACGGUCGGGACUUCGCGAUAGCUACUACGAGGUUGAUCUAUCAGUUGUCCUUGAAACCUGUUUUCAAACUAUGCCAUGCGUUUUUCUGGUCCCCAGCUACCAUUUUGCUACGGAGCAUGACAAAGUUAGCUCUGCUGCCGACAAAUGUCCCGCUCAUGUUCUUCUACAACACAACACUGGGCGAAAUAAGCAAAGUUAAUGUGCAUUUGACGUACAUCACCGUUAUUCUUUGCAUACAAUACUUGAUCACAAUGAUGUUUAUCGGAAUUCUGUUUGGUGUCUGGUGUGGUGUUGUUUUGGGUGUACUGCAUAGAUUGGUACGUAUUCCGGACAAACGCGUGGAUCUUUUUGGAGGUCUAACACAUUGGCUGUUUCCUCACACGGCACAUGAGGCAGAUCGUACCAAGGUGACACCUGUAUCGUGGCAACACGGCCAGGGGUUCACCCCUUCCCCGAAUAUCAGUCCUGAAACUCGAGUCAAUCAAUCUCAUCGAAGAGUUUCACGGUCUUCUCGGGGCAGCGUAUCAAACCUAGCCUCCAAACUUCCACGCGAUUUCUUUCAAAUGAAGGCGCCAAAAACGCCUCUUAGAUCGGGGAACUUCAAAUUCGAUUCGUCGAGGCUCUCACCAAUGAGCAACGAUCUCGACGACGCAACGGCCUCUAUGUCUUCGAAUAUGUGGGAUACUACAGAAGAGCUACCAGAGACACUAAGAACGGAGUUUACUGCUCGAGGGGCAACGUUCCCGCGUCCUUCUUAUGCUUCUGGUUUGGAACAGCCAAAUUAUACUCAUCUAAAGCCACUUGAUCGUAAAGAGCACCGAACAAAUGUAUGA